AAGGCCGGGAUGGAAGUUGCGGGGUUAGGAGACUGAGGUCAGAUCCUGAGGAGGAGAUUUGGGGGUCGCAAUGCUGGCCUCGUGUUCUCCACCGGCGGCGGCGGAGCCCGAAAGAACUAGGUGAACACCGCCUUGCCAGCCUCACACAGCGUCCCGUGGCUCUGCCGCCGCUCCGGACGUCGCCCUCCCGUUCUGCUCGGGUUCCCUUAGUCGCUGCCUUAGCUGGGAUCCCCCUCCUCCUUCCCGUGGCUUCGGGUUGCCGGAGAGCGAUGCUCGGAGGGCGACCGGAAGUGGCGUUGGCCGCCAUUGGCCCACCGGCCAGCCACCUCGCUGUCCUCCGCCUUCCGGGUGUUACGUGCAGCCGGGCUCGGCCCCUCCCCCUGGCCGGAUGGAUCCCUCGGCGCCACAGCCCUGCGCGGAAACCGCGGGCAAAGACAUAUGGCAUCCAGGAGAAAGAUGUCUUGCCCCUUCUCCAGAUAAUGGAAAACUUCGUGAAGCAAGCAUAAAAUCUGUCACAGUGGAUGAAAAUGGCAAGUCAUUUGCAGUUGUCUUAUAUUCAGAUUUUCAAGAAAGGAAAAUACCUCUUAAACAGCUUCAAGAAGUAAAAUUUGUUAAAGAUUGCCCUAGGAAUCUUAUAUUUGAUGAUGAAGAUUUGGAAAAACCUUAUUUCCCAAACCGAAAAUUUCCAUCAUCUUCUGUUGCUUUUAAAUUAUCUGACGAUGGAGACUCUAUUCCUUAUACCGUCAAUAGGUAUUUGAGAGACUACCAAAGAGAAGGAGCCCAGUUUCUUUAUGGACAUUACAUCCAUGGAAGAGGGUGCAUUCUUGGUGAUGACAUGGGACUUGGAAAAACAGUACAGAAGCAAGUUGCUAGGUCCAGCCAGAACUCAAGGGAAGGAGAUUAAACAGAACUGGGAAUACAAAGAGAGUCCACAAAAGGAAAUGAGGCCAAGAACCAUGAUCCAGUCUGCACAUCUAACUACCUCUUCCCUGCCACCCCAAAUCAGCUUGACUUCGUACUACUGAAUGAUAGAAAUACUCUUUCAUCUAGACUGUUCCAGCAUCUGGAAAUAGCCUUUCAUCUAGACUAUUCCAGCAUCUUGGCAUUUAGUAGGUUAUUUCAUUUCUGGCUGCAGUUUUGCAUAAAAAGGGAACUCGUGAGGACAUUGAAAACAACAGGCCAGAGUUUUUGCUGAGAGGCAUGAAAAAGGAGCCCCCUUCUUCUGCAGCAAAAAAGAUGUUCUUAAUAGUUGCUCCUCUUUCUGUCCUCUACAACUGGAAGGAUGAAUUGGACACCUGGGGAUAUUUCAGAGUCACUAUUUUACAUGGAAACAGAAAAGAUAAUGAACUAAUUCGUGUAAAGCAGAGGAAAUGUGAAAUUGCUCUAACAACUUAUGAAACACUGCGCUUAUGCCUGGAUGAACUUAACAGUUUGGAAUGGUCAGCUGUCAUUGUGGAUGAAGCUCAUAGAAUCAAGAAUCCAAAAGCUAGAAUAACAGAAGUUAUGAAAGCUUUGAAAUGUAAUGUCCGCAUUGGUCUCACUGGAACCAUUCUUCAGAACAACAUGAAGGAACUGUGGUGUGUUAUGGACUGGGCUGUGCCAGGCCUUUUAGGGACCAGGACCUGCUUCAAGAAGCAGUUUUCUGACCCAGUAGAACAUGGUCAGAGACACACGGCCACAAAGAGAGAACUGGCCACUGGCCGAAAGGCCAUGCAGAGACUUGCCAGAAGGAUGUCCGGCUGGUUUCUCAGGCGCACCAAGGCUCUUAUCAAGGAUCAGUUGCCUAAGAAGGAAGACCGGAUGGUGUAUUGUUCUUUGACAGAUUUCCAGAAAGCUGUCUAUCAAACAGUGUUAGAAACAGAGGAUGUGACUUUGAUACUUCAAUCUUCUGAGCCUUGUACCUGUAGGAGUGGCCGAAAAAGGAGAAAUUGUUGUUAUAAGACCAAUUCUCAUGGUGAAACAGUGAAAACCUUGUAUCUCAGUUACCUUACAGUCCUUCAGAAGGUAGCUAACCAUGUCGCGCUACUGCAAGCUGCUAGUACUUCCAAACAACAGGAAACACUUAUCAAAAGGAUAUGUGAUCAGGUAUUUUCCAGAUUCCCAGAUUUUGUGCAGAAAAGCAAAGAUGCAGCCUUUGAAACACUUUCUGACCCUAAAUACAGUGGAAAAAUGAAGGUCCUUCAGCAGCUUUUAAAUCAUUGCAGGAAAAACAGAGAUAAAGUUCUUCUCUUUUCUUUUUCCACCAAAUUGCUUGAUGUGCUACAGCAGUACUGUAUGGCGUCUGGGCUUGAUUACCGACGACUUGAUGGAAGUACAAAAUCAGAGGAAAGACUCAAGAUUGUAAAAGAGUUCAACAGUACACAAGAUGUUAACAUUUGCCUUGUCUCUACAAUGGCUGGUGGACUAGGCCUCAAUUUUGUCGGUGCCAAUGUUGUUGUAUUAUUUGAUCCUACUUGGAAUCCAGCCAAUGAUCUUCAAGCCAUUGACAGAGCAUACAGGAUUGGACAGUGUAGAGAUGUCAAAGUGCUUAGGCUGAUAUCCUUGGGAACUGUGGAGGAAAUCAUGUAUUUACGACAGGUAUACAAGCAGCAACUUCACUGCGUGGUGGUUGGAAGUGAAAAUGCCAAACGAUAUUUUGAAGCAGUUCAAGGAUCUAAAGAACAUCAAGGAGAGCUUUUUGGGAUCCAUAACCUCUUCAAACUGAGGUCCCAAGGGUCUUGUCUUACAAGGGACAUUCUGGAGAGAGAAGGCCAAGUGGAAGCAGGGAUCAUGACAGCCACAACGUGGUUGAAAGAGGGACCUCCAGCACACAAACUGGAAAUGCCUGGAGAGCCUGACUGUCAGGAAUGCAGAGGUCCAGAACAAGCUGCAGAGCCACUGGCAAAGGAAGUGUGUGAUCCCUGCAGCGACUUCAGUGAUGAAGAGCCAGUGGGAGCCGCAGGAGUAAAGACUGCCAAAAACAGAGCACCCGAUUCAAAUAAAGCUUCCAGCUCUCCAGGACAGCUUACCUUACUCCAGUGUGGUUUCUCAAAAUUGUUUGAAACAAAAUGUAAAGCAGUUGAGGACAGUGAUGGAAAUACUGCCUCUGAUGAUGAAAGUUCUGAUGAGCAGCCCACAUGCCUUUCAACAGAAGCCAAAGAUGCUGGUUGUGAGAAAAAUCAGGACUCUCUUUGUACUUCAAAAUAUCAGAAAUUAGGUAACAUCCUAAAUCCAAAAGAAAAGCAUAUUUUUUAUAAAAGUGAGAAGACUUUAGAACAGAGUAUUUCUUCUAAGUCUGAUGAGAAAAAAUUUAAAAAUACAGAUAAACAUUGCAUUUUACAGAAUGACACAGAAUCAGAAGAUAGUGAUGUCAUCUGUCCUACACAACAUACAACUGAGAGAUUCCCCGACAAUAGUAUAAGGUUUAAGCCACCCUUGGAGGGUUCUGAGGAUUCUGAAACAGAACACUCUGUAAAAACAAGGAAUAAUGAUAAUGGUCGAAAGACUGAUGACCAAAGAAAUGGAAUAAUUUCAGAAAAGUUAAGUCCUGAGAACACAACCCUGAAAUGUAUUGUGAAAAGAAAAGGCACCAGCGAUAUCAGUGAUGAAUCUGAUGACAUUGAAAUUUCUUCCAAGUCAAGAGUAAGGAAGAGUUCAUUGAGGUUUAAGAGAAUAAAGGAAACCAAAAAAGAACUUCACAAUUCUCCCAAAACAGUGAACAAAACAAACCAAGUAUAUGCAACAAAUGAGGAUCAUAACUCUCAGUUUAUUGAUGAUUAUUCAUCCUCAGAUGAGAGUUUAUCUGUCAGCCACUUCAGUUUCUCUAAACAGAGCCAUAGAACAAGAACUGUAAAAGACAGAACCAGUUUUUCUUCAAAAUUGCCUAGCCAUAAUAAGAAAAGUAGCACUGUCAUGCCAAGAAAACCAAUGAAAUGUUCAAAUGAGAAAGCUGUCAAUCAAGAGCAGUCAUAUGAAUCAAUGGAUAAAUUUUUAGAUGGCGUUCAGGAAGUGGCUUAUAUUCACUCAAAUCAGAAUGUGAUUGGAUCGAGCAAAGCUGAAAAUCACAUGAGCCGAUGGGCAGCACAUGAUGUAUUUGAGUUGAAGCAGUUUUCCCAGCUGCCUGCUAACAUAGCUGUUUGCAGUUCUAAGACAUAUAAAGAAAAGGUGAAUGCAAAUACAUUGCCACACACAAAGAAAGGCCAGCAACCGAGCGAAGGCAGCAUUUCACUUCCUCUUUACAUUUCACACCCUGUGAGCCAAAAGAAGAAAAAAGUCUACCGUACAAACCAGACCACCUUCAUAAUUGGAGAAACACCAAAAGGAAUCCGCAGAAAACAAUUUGAAGAAAUGGCCUCUUAUUUUAACUCGUCUUCUGUAAACGAAUUUGCUGAACAUAUAACCAGUGCCACAUCAGAAGAACGACAGAAAAUGCUAAGAGACUUUUAUGCUUCUCAAUAUCCAGAGGUAAAAGAACUUUUUAUGGAUUCUGCAUCAGAAUUCAACACUUCUUCCUUUGAGAAAGGAGAGUGCACCAGGAAGAAAUCUGAAAAAAGAGACUCUCUUAUAAAAGCAAGGCUGUCAGAUUCUGAAACCUUGUCAUUUAAAGAUUCUACCAACAAAAUUUCUCAAGUUUGCAGCCUAAAAACAUAUAAAAGAAAAUCAAUUAAGUUUCAAAAUCAUAGUUCCUGUAGAGAAGAGGUGUAUUCUAAUGAUGCAGAAACUAAGAAAUCACCUGUUAGUUCUACUCAAAAGACUGACAGUGGGAAAAAUAGCCAAGCAUCGAAAGAUACUGUGACAUCCCGUUCUCAGAACAGUGAGUCUGAAACACAUGAGAGAAGGUUAGAAAAUACCAUGAAAGACAAACAGGACCUCACAAGAAUGGGCAUUUCAAGAAAAGAACCCCUUCUGAAAUUGGAAAACAAAAAGAUAGAAAAUCCAGUGCUGGAAAAUUCUUCUGUGAUAAGCUUACUUGGUGAUACCUCUAUUCUUGACGACCUUUUUAGAAGUCAUGGGAACAGUCCCACACAACUGCCAAAGCAAGUUCUUUCAGGGCCCGUGGAAAAAGCAAAACAGAGACCAAAAGAUUUCUGGGACAUUUUGAAUGAGCAGAACGAUGAGAGUCUUAACAAACUCACAGACUUGGCAGUAAUAGAGACUCUGUGUGAAAAAGCACCUCUAGCAGCGCCCUCCAAAAGGAGAGAAGAGCCAGCAACUCCUCUUUGGAAAUCAAAUGAGAAAUUUUUAUGGAAGAAAUUUAAUUCAAGUAGUACAGAUGAAAACACAACCAAUACACAGAGUACUACAGAAGUAUAUAAAUGAAUUACUGCACCAGUGAACUGCUGCCAUCACUGUUUACGGCACUGGAUUCCACACUGAUUCUAUUAUCUUGAACACAGUUGUUGACAUACAUUUUUAUUAAAUUAUUGCUUUAGGAUUUUUUAAAGUCUGAAGUAUUAUCAUGGAUCUGUUUUUCUUGAUAUUUGAUUUGAUCUUUCAAGAAUAUGAUUGUAUUUGUAGUAUAAACCUCUGUUAUGAAUUAGAAAAGAUUCUAGGUUUGUUAGUAGGAGACCUGGGACAUCUUUCUUACUGUAUUACAUAAUGAUGUGACACUUGCCCUGUGAGCAUUGUUUCCCAGUAUGAAAGAUGAAGGGUCUGAACCAAAACAGCAUGAGUGUCCUUCCAGUUUAAAAAAGCUUUGCUUUGCUCUCCUGAUGGCUCAUAGUCUGAAUCAUGUCUGCCCCUCAAAUCAGGUGUACACCAAUGUGUUUCUUUUUUACUAGCACUUGGGAAAGUUAUUAAGUAUUUUCUUUUUCCCUGGGUAUCAUGUUCUAUUAUUACUUUAGAAAAAAGUCAUAACUAGUACUGAAUAUAUGGUAUAUAUGAUAUUAAAAUGGUAAUUUUGCAACAGCUCAAAGUUAAAAGGUUAAUGUUACUUUGCUAUGUGAGCUGUGAUUACUACCAUUAGCCACAGACACCAGUGCCUCAACUUUUUAUGUACCUGUUGUGAUUUAAUCAAUGUAAAUAAAGGUUUGUAUAGUAUUUUUGAAGUAUGAAGAAAUGAGUCAACUUUUUAUUUUGUUAGAAACUAUUACAUUUUGAGUGUAAUUUAUAUGGUUUACAACAAAAUGAAUGUGCUCGUUGUUGAAUUCAUAUGUAUUUAGAAGCCUUUCCUCGGCCCCUGCGUUCUGUGCUAGGGGCUUGAGCUGUACAGGUAAGGCAGAGCUACAGGUGAAUGAAAGGAAAUCAUGUCGGUGAAAAAUCAUGGUGGAAAGCCCCGGGUAUCUUGUGUACAGGUAAGGCAGAGCUACAGGUGAAUGAAAGGAAAUCAUGUCGGUGAAAAAUCAUGGUGGAAAGCCCCGGGUAUCUUGUGUGCACGCUGUAGGCAGGACCUGCACUGCCUCCGCUGCAGGUUCAGAUGCUCCGCUGCAGCUGUCCUUCAGUCAGUUCACAGGGCUGCGAGAGGAGGACACACCCAUCCAGAAAACGGCCUGGGCCGGGAACUGGCUGUGCUAGAGAGCACUGCUACCGAGUUGAGGAGAGAGGGCUUCCGUGUACCCAGGAUGUGGAGUCAUUGCUCAGAAGUGAACAAAAAUUCAAAAACCAAAGUCUUCUCAAGGGACUGAUCGGCCAAGUGUGCUCUUCUUUAGAGCAGUGUUCCCUUAAAGCCCUGAAGACACCCUUCAGGGAAAUAAACAACAUCUGCAAAUGGUGCAGCUGCCCCUAAGUAUUCAAGGCAAAGAAGCCUAAGUUUGCAGAGAUGAUGAUGAACUUUUCAUUCGUCCACAGAAAUUGAGAACGCCACAGGAAAUACACGCUUAUUUUCUAAUUAAAAUUCAGUGUGUAAACUUUU